AUGGACUCUUCCGGAGAGGAGGAGGAGGAGCAUGUAGAUCCUUGGUCACGCAUUCAAAAUGAAGUUUGUAAUCGCCACGAAGCCCAGCUCGAAGCUCUGAUCAACGAGUAUGAACAAAACGGAGACUCGCCUGAAGUGGCCCGCAUUAAAGCUGAAAAUGCUUUGCUUCCAGUAUAUAGAAAGGAAUUGAGAAAAGUGUUCUUAGAGUUUUUACAGUGGAUGCAUGCAAUGAAGAAAGAUCCGACAUUCCGAAAAGUGAUGGAAACCCGCCAAGAUCUCAAAGACACGGAAGGAUAUGACUGGCUGGAAUCGACAGAACUUGCCAUCGAUAAGCGGAAAUUCUUACUCAAUCGAUUGUUUGUCAAACAAACCGUUCCCGAAGACUAA